AUGCAGGCAGAAAUCCAGAUCGUUGCUAUCCGCUUGGGCCAGUUUUUCGCAAAUGCAGUCACAGCGGCGACUGGUGUGUCGAUGAAUUCUGACGGCAGUGAUGACUUCUGCCCAAACGGUAUUGCAGAGUGUUAUGCUGAACUGAAGCUGGAAAGGGACCCACUUAGCAAGUUGGAAUUUGUCGACGGGUGGAUGGGCCAUGGAUUCGUGGGUGGCAAAAUGGAUUCUGCCGGGGGGCAGAGAAUUGUUAAAAAUUCCACCUACCUCUGCCAACAGAGGGUGGCCAACCAGUUAUUAGGGAAAGCCAACAACAGGGAGCAGAAGCUGAGGCAUCCCCCUGAUUUUGCCUCCUGGCACUGGACUCUGUCCACCAGCGAUGACGUUGAAGACCGGGAGACGGAGAAGGGGCGCCUGGAAGAGGCGUAUGAGAAGUGUGAUCGGGAUCUAGACGAGCUGAUCGUUCAGCACUACACCGAGCUCACGACGGCCAUCCGCACCUACCAGAGUAUCACGGAGCGCAUCACCAACUCGCGGAACAAGAUCAAGCAGGUAUCAGCUGUUGAUUCCCUGGAGGGACCCCUCCUUCAAGUGGAGGGGCUGAGCGAUCUAAGACUGGAGCUCCACAGUAAGAAGAUGAACAUGCACUUGGUGCUCAUAGAUGAACUGCACCGCCAUCUUUACAUCAAAUCUACCAGUAGGGUCGGCCAACAGGGCAAGGCAAAAGGAAAAUUGAGUUCACUCGUGAAGGACGCCUCUCCCGUUCCUCUUCUCGAUGUGACUAACUUGUCCACUCCUCGCAAGUUCCUCGACUCCUCUCAGUUCAGCACUCCUGGGAACUCCAGUGGGAAGGACGUCAGCCUGGUGGAGCUCAAGGAAGACCUGGAGGUGGAUCCCGAGGAGAACAGCUCGGUCUUUAUGGGCAUCCUCAUCAAAGGCCUGGCGAAGCUGAGGAAGAUCCCCGAGACGGUGAAGGCGAUCCAGGACCGUCUGGAGCAGGAGCUGAAGCAAAUCGUUAAGCGAUCCACCACCCAAGUGGCGGACAACGGCUACCAGAGGGGAGAGAACCUGGUCCAGGAAAACCAACCCAGGUUGCUUCUGGAACUGCUGGAGCUUCUCUUUGACAAAUUCAAUGCCGUCGCUGCUGCUCACGCCGUUGUCCUUGGGCACCUGCAGCAGACUGUGGCUUCCCCCUCCAGUCAGCAUGACGGCGAGAUCAAGUUGUAUGACAUGGCAGAUGUGUGGGUGAAGAUUCAGGAUGUCUUGCAGAUGCUGCUCACGGAGUACUUGGACAUGAAAAAUACACGGGCUUCCUCCGAACCUUCGGCUCAGCUGAGCUAUGCCAGCUCCGGGAGAGAAUUUGCAGCAUUCUUUGCCAAAAAGAAACCUCAACGGCCGAAGAACCCCCUUUUCAAGUUCGAGUCGUCUUCCCACGCCAUCAGUAUGAGCGCUUAUUUGCGAGAACAGCGGCGGGAGCUGUACAGCAGGAGUGGAGAACUUCAAGUACAGCUAAUUCCGCCUAGCGAUGAGGUCUUCAAAAAAGUUGAACUGCAGAACCGUCACCUCUCCCGCAUUUAA